UCAAAGUACUCAAGACCACUAGGUUUUAGUAAGCAGAUUUUUUUACUUGUGUCAAGUGAGGUCAAUGAAGCUUUUUAUGCCUUUGUCCUAGUUCUGAAUCCAUUACUGUCAAGAGUCUCGUUCAAGUUGGAUACCUCUAAAAAGUUAAAGGGUGGGAGGAUUGGAGAAGAUUCAGCUGUCUUAAAUCUGGACAGAGCGGGGUCAUGUCCUGCUUUCUGCUUUGAAAGCACAGAGCAGCCCACCCCUCCACCUGGUUGGGUUGGUGGUGCCUUUGACCAUGGCUUGGAGGACCUCCUCAAGCUGGCUGGAUGCAGACUGGAGGUCGCUUUCUUUCUUCUUCACCUUUGUGACUUCAGUGAACUCAAUAAGCCCUUUUCAGCUGGAGAAAUUUGUCUUCACAGGGGUUGUCCAUUGCCGUGAAAACAGAAUGAUAGUGGAGUUUCCAAACAGUUUUGACUUCAUGAAAUGGGAUACAUCUGUAUUGGAUAACUCUGGUAAUGAAAUGCCGAUCUGCACAUAUGUCCUGGACCUAAAAAAAUCUACCCUGAUAGCUCCCUAUGAGACCUGUACAAAGAGAAAGCAUAACCAGCACCAUAUGACCCUCAGAUUCACUGAAAGUAACACUACUUUAAAAGAGGGUGUCAUUUAUCACUUCACCUGCCCGGUCAUGGAAGGAGCAGAAACCAAGCACCAUACAACAGGAUCUACAAACUGUACGAAGGACCUCAUGUCUUUUUCCCUUAAAGUUUUUCCUGAUGUGGCUGAUGAAACUCCGGGACUCCUGGCUCAGCGGGGCUGGACCAUGCACUUUAGUCCCAACUUAAGUCUGACCGUUUCAGAGGCAAUGGUACAAGGAUAUAAUAUUCUGUUUGAUAUAGACAAGGUGAUCAUCCAAGUGUCAUUUAACGCCACAGGACUAAUCCACUAUACGCAAGGCAACAGUCAUCUCUACAUGAUGCCUCUGAAGCUUAGUCAUAAAUAUCAUGGGCAGACGACAACCUUCACCUCAAACAUGAUUUGUGUAUUAGAUCCUGUGACCUGUAAUUCCACUCACAUGACUCUCACCAUACCAGAGUUUCCUGGGAAGCUAAAAGCCUUGAGCUUUGACAAUAAAAUCUUUUCCAUGCGCCAGUUGCACAAAAAAGGGAUUAAUGUAGAAGAAAAAAAUGGCUUGAGGUUGCAUUUCAAGAAAACUCUUCUCAAAAUCAAAUUCCCUGAAAAAUGCCUAUCCUACCAGUUUUACCUUCCCUCACUCAAGCUGAUCUUCUCCUUUGCAUUGGCGCCGGCAGCUAUGGUGAUAUAUCCUGAGUGUGACUGUGAGUCAUCAAUUUCUGUAGUUACAGGUGAGCUGUGUACUCAGGAUGGGUUUAUGGAUAUUGAGGUCAAUCGAUCCAACACCAAACCCACUCUCAACAUGAAUACCCUUAGAGUGGGAAACUCAUCCUGCCGACCCACCUUGGAAUCUCCAUCUCAGGCACUGGUGCGAUUUCACAUACCCCUCAAUGGUUGUGGAACAAAAUAUAAGUUCCAGGGUGAUAAGGUCAUCUAUGAAAAUGAAAUCCGUGCUCUCUGGACAGAGCAUCCUUCCAGGAGAAUUUCCAGUAGCAGUGAGUUCAGGAUGACAGUGAAGUGCUCUUACAGCAAGGAUGACAGAUUUCUGAAAACCAAUGUCAAACAUCUUCCUCCUCCAAAGGCUUCAAUGAACCUAGGUCCACUUGUCUUGAGCCUGAAAUCCUACCCAGAUAAAUCCUACCUGCAACCUUAUGGGGAUGAGGACUACCCUGUGGUGAAACAUGUCCGUCAACCAAUUUACAUGGAAGUGAGAAUCCUAAAUAGGACUGAUCCCGACAUCAAGCUGGUCUUAAAUAAUUGUUGGAUAUCACCCACCGAGGAUCCAGCCUCUCUCCCCCAGUGGAACAUUGUUAUGGAUGGCUGUGUAUAUAACCUGGGUAAACACAAAACCACCUUCCAUCCAGUUGGCUCCUCUGUGAUCUAUCCUAAUCACUACCAGAGGUUUGAUGUGAAGGCCUUUACCUUUGUAUCACGGAUCAAAAGGAUCUCUACCAUGGUCUAUUUCCACUGUAGUGCCUUAGUCUGCAGUGAGCUCUUUCCUGAGUCCCCUCUGUGUUCUGUGACUUGCCCAGGGUCAACUAGGAAUAGACGAGAAGUCGGACAUGAAUUCCAUCUAUCUCCAGCCCCAGAGGUCACUGAAGGAAAAAUGCUAGUAAGUCUCCCGGGACCCAUCAUCCUGUUGUCAGAGGACUCUUCAUCGAGAGGCCUUGUGGACACCAAAGGGCACGGGACUAAUAGAUACAUUGCUAUUAAAACCAUGGCUCCUAUGUUUACAUUAGUGGGCAUCACGGCAACACUGGGUCUCAUCUUUCACCUGCGCAAGAAAAGGAUCGUGAUGUUAAAUCACUAAUUAGAUUUAUAAAUAAAGUGGUUGC